AUGGCUGCUGUGAUAAUGCGCGAAUCGCCCGACAUGGCAAAUGACAACUCUGAUCCUCAGGUUGCAAAUGGAGCGCAAAGGGCAGGAAGACGCAAUCGCAAAGCCCCCAAAUCCGACGAAAGCCAUAACUACGAGGGGAAUGAGGACUCGAACACACCUCACAACCCAAAAGAUGCCCAUGCAUCGGGGAAGAUAGACAGGUCCUUCUCAGCCCGAGCCCAGAAUAAGCCCGAAGGGAAUCUGAACUACACAACCCGCAAACCGCUUCUUUCAUCAGAGCCAUCAGAAGAAUCUACUACACCGCGAGGUCUGCCAGCAGAAUCCUCCCACCUGGAGUCUAGUACAGCCAUGCCAGAAAUCCAGGUUUCAUCUCCACCUCCUGCACCUGGCGUAUCGUCAGCCCCGGCUCGGUCGAAUACCACGCGCUCGGGCCCGGCCAAUGGCUCGCGACGGGAUUGGGCCCCAGAUCGAUCACCUCUUCAAAAGUUGGAAGUGACUUUAACUGGAAUUAGCAAAGAGGAAAAGCGUGCACGGGUGCAAGAGGCGGAGAUGAAAGCCCGAGAACGAAUUGCGCGCAAGAAGGCCGAGCAGGAGAAGGCUGAUUUAGCGGCUGCCGCUGCUCGUGAAGCAUCGACACAGCCUACACAACAUGAAAGGCAACCACCUUCCGACACUGAUAGAAGGAGCGAACGGAAAGAAGUUCCAGUCGAGGGAUAUAGGCGCAAUGGACAUGCAAAUGCGCCACAACAACGGCAACCCGAAAACACCGCAACGCGUCACAGCAGGACGAGUUCGGCAAACCCUCAAUAUCCAGCUAUCCGCCGCCCAGAGGACCCACAGUUCGCGCGUGCAGAAGACGCUUCCCCGUCAUCAGCCAAGAUCGGGAGUGUACCCAAACGCUCAGUCACAGUUAGCGGGCCCGCAAAACCAGGCCCUGCUAUCAAUAUAAACCACAGCAAGUCUUUGUCUCAGGCCGGUCCUCGAUCUAUGCAGAUUCCUUCGGCUCUCAGAACAGAGAGAGCGAAUGGCCUAUCACCAUCACCACUUGCUCCUCAAGAUAGCUCCGAGUCUCAGAGCAGGCCAAAAAAUGUUUCGUUCGAUGUACCUCCGCCUACACCACCGCCGAUCUUUGAGUGGAGAGGUGCACAGCCUGCUCGUCUUGGAACCUGUGAUUUUGAUCUCCAAAAUCUUGAUAUUAAUCGAAGCAAAGCUUGGUGGGAAGGUGGUGCCAAUAAUGAUCGCCGAAAGAGCAGGGCUUUGCCCAAGAAUUAUAAGACUCCCGCUCAGAAGUUGACAGGAGUAACUGAGAAUAAGGUAUUCCAACCUCGCCUUUUCCUGCGAUGUGGUCCUUUGCUACGAUACACAGGCAUCAAGCGAGUCAAGGUUGAGACAGCCGGUGAACUUGUUGACAAAGAGAUCUGGCGGGGUUCUAUAAUGAUCGUGACCGGGGACUCUCGUUCCUCGUAUGAGACCCCGCCCACAUUGAGACUAUUUUCGCAGCCGAUGGACCUUCUCCCUCCUCCGCCUGUGGAGAUCAGUCACGAGGACGGAAUGCAGCUGGCUCCAGAAUAUGUUGAUCCAACAGCGGGUCUUAUGAAAGUUGGCCGGGAUGGCCGACCCCUUUACGUCAAGCCAGUUGAACAUGUCGAGGAGGAAGUUGAUCUAUCGUUCCUGGAGACCGAUGAUGGCAUCUACGAGCUCUCGCCCAGUAUGAUUGACUAUACCAGCGAAGGUUUAAAGCAACCGAUGCCUUCUAACAGAAUGCAUGCCGUCGACGGCGAGACAGCCAAUCUACACCAGGAUGUUUUAGGAUCCCGGCUGUACGCCGAUGCAGCAAGAGACGUCACAUUCUGGAGAUUUAACCUCGAGAUCGAGUUAAGCUCCACGCAGCAGCGAGUCGCAUAUCGUAUCAACCAAGGACCCGCCUUAGGGUUCUGGGUUCCCGCCGCUGGGCAAUCCAUGAAUAUCAUGUUCCACAGUGGCAACGGAUUCAGUGCCUCUGUAAACUCGGAUCGUGUCUGCGGGCCUGACCCGCUCUGGCGAGACAUUUUGAACGAGCAUCAGACUCGUCCCUUCCAUGUCAUGAUUGGAGGUGGUGACCAGAUCUUCAACGACUCGGUCAUCACAGAGUCAAAGUUCUUCCAGGAUUGGAUGAAGAUCAAGAAUGUGGCUGAUCGAUAUGGGGCACCGUUCACACCUGAGUUCCGUGCUGAGCUGGAGCAGUUCUAUCUUGAGCGCUACUCUGCGUGGUUUUCGCAAGGUCUCUUUUCAUUGGCGAAUUCCCAAAUCCCCAUGGUCAAUAUUUGGAAUGAUCAUGAAAUCUUUGAGGGCUUUGGCUCUUAUCAUGAUGAUUUCAUGCAAACUUCUGUUAUCUCCGGGCUUGGAAAGAUUGCUUUCAAGUACUAUUUGUUGUUCCAGCACCACAGUGUCCCGGAUGAAACGGAGAUGGAUGAGCCUAGUUGGCUUCUUGGUGCUCAGCCGGGUCCCUAUAUUGAACAGAAGAGCCGAAAUCUGUUUAUGUCUCUGGGUCAAGGAGUCUCCUUUUUGGGCCUUGACUGCCGUACUGAACGACGGAGCAAUGAGGUUCUCAGUGAAGAGACCUGUGAUUUGUUGUGGGAUCGCUGCCACAAAGAGAUAUUGAAAGGAGAGACCAAGCAUCUGAUUGUGCUCUCGAGUGUCCCUGUUGCUUAUCCCAGAGUGGCAAUGCUCAGGAACUUCAUGAAUAGCCGCAAAUCUCUCGGCAAGGCUGGUGUGCUUGGUGGCCUCGUCAAUAAAUCCGGUGGAAACGUCGAGGUAUUCGAUGACCACUGGGCUGGCAAGCAUCUCAAGUCCGAAAGAACAUGGUUGGUCGAAGAUCUUCAAGAUCUGGCUGCAGAAAAGUCAAUCCGAGUCACGAUUUUAAGUGGUGAUGUUCAUCUCGCUGCAAUUGGACAGUUCUAUUCGAACCCCAAGCUAGGUGUCGCCAAAGACCGUGAUUAUCGAUAUAUGCCAAACAUCAUCUCUUCUGCCAUUGCGGACAUCCCAGAGACAGAUUUGAUCUCAGAUAUGCUCAACAAACGGAACACAGUCCACCACAUGGAUUCGAACACAGACGAAGAUGUUAUUCCCAUCUUCACCCAAGAUGUGAAUGGUAAAGCCCGGAACAACAAGCGGCUUUUACCACGUCGAAACUGGUGCUCAAUCCGCGAGUACAAACCCGGCUCUACUCCGCCCGGUACUCCUGAGUCGGACAUGACACCAACCCCAGAGCCUCGACCCAACAAGCUGCAGCGGACCUUGUCUCUGGGCCGUGGAGACAAAGGAAGCACGGGUACUGGCAAGCCCGGUAUUCUCAGGCGCCUCUCAACCCGAGGUCCCCCUCCAACAAGGACCAUGAGCUUCAACCGAGGUGACGAGGCCGCAUUCACCCGACGUGCUAGUGUCGAUGUACCGCCUCAGCCUAACGAGAAUGGGGACAGCUACUUCGCAGGAACGACGGCACCCGCACGACCGGGCAGUUUCCACCGCCGACCAACGAACCUCAGCCAAAAAGCAGCAAAGAGGGCGGCGAAACAGGGCGAUGAUGGUGCAGGCACCUACAUCAACCUUGAAGGUGGACUCGCCAUCACCUUGAACCUAGAGAUCAGCCCGCAAGACCCGGCAGGCAUCACCGUACCUUACAAACUGCUGGUACCGGCACUGCAUUACAAUGGGUCCGAAUACGACCCUCCCCCAACACAGAUUGUCAAGGGCUGGAGGAAGUUCUUGCCUCGCCGAAAGAAGAACGAUGGGGAACCGAACACGGAGCCCGAAGCAGAGGAUGAUCUCAGUGAUGAUGAUGACGAACAAGACGAUUACGAGGACGACGACCUUAUCAAUAAUACACGUGCAAAUGCCGCCACUGCCCAACAACAUCCGCAUCAACCAGAGUAUGAGGGUUAUCCCGGGAGCGAGGAGGAUGAUUAUUCGGAUAGCGAGGUUCCUCAACGACUGCCAGCGCAUAUGAUGGUCGAACCCUACCCUCGAUCUGAGGAGAAACCCCGUCCACGGAAGAAGUGGCUCGGUGUGAUCUAA